AUGCUCUUCGGCACCAUCAAGGAUGGGAAGGAUAAAGAUUGCCAGGUUUGGAUUCUGCUGCAGAACGACCACGCCGCUGGCCGCUCCCCCGAGCAACGCUUCAACAUCUUCGACCGUCUCGGCAAGCUCCGAGGAGGCAUAAGCGCGGAGGAAGCGGUGAGACUUGUUCUUGAGGCAAAUGCGUUCAAGUGCCUCAAGAAAGCGGGCACUAUGGAUUUGGACCAGCUCCGCGUAGUGAUCAAGUACUACUUCAUCUUCAAGGGCGUUAAUACACCAGUGCCAUGGAUAGUCAAUGGUUACUUCACCACUUGGCUGACUGCGGCAUGCAAGACGGCUGGAGAGUACGCUGUAAAGGUGGCCGCGAACAUUGAGAAGGAGAAGUCACGCGCCUCUGCUGCACAGAACGCGUACAGUACCAAGCCCUCUAUCUCUCAGUCUAGGCCAGAAGGAGAUGGCUCGGUGGUGAGGACGCGCGUUUCGUCCGCUCAGAACGUGGACGGUGCCAGGCGUUCGGUCUCUCGGUCUGGAUCAAGAGCGGGCUCGGUGGUGAAGGUGAACGGCCAGCCUGCAGUGGUCAGCCCCCCCGUCAAACUGGCCAAGGCUAGACGCACUCCGCAGCCUACCCCUCAGCGCGCUCCUGUGGCCUCUAUGAUUCCCGCAGUACCAAAAGAACAGAGCUUGUUUAUCCCCGAAGGCGAUUCUCUCAAGAGGGCUCGCACCAUGACCCCGGACCUACCCAGGAAGCGAGCGACUGCGAGCACACCACCACUACGAUCAACUCCUUCGGCGGCUACAUCACAACCCUCGCCCUCAGCAAUCGUCAACACAGGCCAGGGUUUCCUCAUCCACUCGGACCCCGUUGAGGCAGACAAUAGCGACGCCAUGGACACUUCGCAUACCUCGUCAACACGCCGGCAGUCUACAGAGGCACUUGUCGAGAAGAGCCCCAACUCGCAAUCGUCCAUUGACUUCCCCGACUUCGCCGACGCCUAUCGCGAAGCCCUCGAUAAGAAGAGCAGGUGCAAGGAAAACAUCAUGGUCAACAAGGAGAAGCAGAAAGAUGUACGGGAUGAGAUCAGAGCUCUUGAGACUCAGUUAGCCGACAUGCAGGUGGAGGGGCGGGAGUUGAAGGAAGAGAACCGGCGCAUUAGAGUCGAAAUGAAGCAUCUUCAGUCGUCACUCACCCCGAAGGAGCGCGCUAUCUUCGUUCUUGGAGGUGAGAUGAUGAUGAAAGCGUCGAAGUGGGGAAAGAAGGGUGCAAAGUCUGAGACCGACAGCAGCGAGGAAGACUAG